AUGCUGAGGAGCACAAGUCGAUUCAGACCGAGAAGCACCUUGGGAGUCAUACAGUGGCAUACAAUGGCUGUAUUAAGGAAGAGAAAGUCAUCAGCUAAAGAAAUUGCUGUUAAAAAUGAGAACAGUGAGGUUACGAAGUCCAAGUACUUCAAGGAGAGAGUUAAAGUAAAGAAGGAGAGAGAGGUGGACAUAAGCCAUGACCGUGAUUAUGUCGAUAUCAACUGGGUCAAGUCUUUAGAUAGUGAGAACUAUUUCAAAUGGAUUGUGAGUAGAAAUGGUAAUGUUCCUAAUAGAUGGAGCCAGCCAUUUGAUGACACUAUCUUCACAGAUUUAGAUGAAGAGAGUUUUAAACUGCUACCGAAAAACUUUCCCGAAAUCUACAAGAAGAUGAGGUGGAUGAGAUCAUUUAUAAGAGCACCUGUUGAUCUUAUUGGGGGUUCUUCUAUUCCGAUGACUGUGGGAGAAAUUUGCGGUAUAAAAAAAUCGGAGAUUCUUCCCAGGAAUUACAGAUUGCAGGUAUUGGUGGGAGUUAUGUUGUCAGCUCAAACUAAAGAUGAAGUUACUGCCAUGGGAAUGUAUAAUAUUAUGAAAUAUUGUAUUGAGGAGCUCAAAGAUGCUCAAGGAAUUACUCUAGAUGCCUUAUUGAGAAUAGAUGAACAAGUUCUCGAUGAACUAAUACAUUCCGUUGGUUUUCAUAAAAGGAAAGCGAAUUUUAUUAAAAGAACAGCAGCCAUCCUUAACGAAAAAUACGAUCAAGACGUUCCAGACAAUGUUACUGAUAUACUUGGUUUACCUGGUGUAGGACCAAAGAUGGGAUAUCUAACUUUGCAAAAGGCUUGGGGUAAAAUUGAAGGAAUAUGUGUCGACGUUCAUGUUGAUCGGUUGUGUAAGAUGUGGAAAUGGGUUGACCCUGACAAAUGCAAAACACCAAAUGACACCAGGAAACAACUACAGAAAUGGCUACCUCCGAGAUUAUGGACUGAAAUAAAUGGACUACUUGUAGGUUUUGGACAAGUAAUUGGUAAAUCAAGAGGUGCCAACUUCAACAUAUUUCGUGUUAAUAUCGAUGAGAGUAAACAGCGUCAACUUACGGAAAAGACUUUCACAACAUUAUCUAAUUUGAAUGAGUCCAUAAGGUCAAAUAUAACAAGUUAUAGUAAAUGGAUGGGAUUUUUGAUGAAAUUAGACUUGAAAAAGCUUGAGAAUGAUAUGAAGGAAGAGUUGGAUGUCUCGAUAGUAGAAGGUGAACAAAACUCCAUAGAGCUCAAGAAGGAACCUCAUUCUUCCAUCGACAAUAAAUUAGAUGUUGGAGUCAAAUUGGAAGAGAGUUGUGCCAUCAAUGUCGACACAAGUUUGAAAUCUGAAAUACUAAUAAAAAAAGAACCUGACACUAGUCUUUUCGUAUAA